UAAGGGAAGGUGGUGCUGCUCGACAUUGACAAACACCGACCAGAAAAACAUCCGACAAGGAAAGUUUGCAAGGUCUAAUGACAACUUUAAACUUGACACCGUAUACGAAGGACACCGUCAGAUGCGGAUUUGAGUCUAACCGUCGUUCUUACUGCGUUGAGGGGUUUUGACGCCUUUAUCUUGAAGAUAGAAUUUGAAAAGUUAGCGACUUGAAAAUGGAGAGGCCAGCUGAGUGAUAGUGGGGUGAGGAGGCUGGAUUUGGCAAACUUGGGAGUCCUGCCCUGCUGCUAGCUUGCUAGUUAGCAUGCUCAGCUUCGCCAUCGCUAUUUGGCAUGAAUAAGAGUGUGCAUCUUCACUUCAACAGCUAUGCCUAUGAAGAUAUUGAUGCUGACCUUGCCCCCGACACAUACUUUAAGUGGAAACACUUAUUGAAGUUUGCACUUGUCCUGAAGGCAACCAAGCUCAUGUUUAAUGUUGGAUCCUGCAGGGCUUUCCUCCCUUCUAUUGUCAGUGGGUUUUCCCCCUCAAGCCUCCCUGCUUACCCAUGCAAUUUGAUCUCAAGUGCUCAAAAUAUUAGGUUGUCUGACAUGAGCGUCAGAUCUGAUCUUCAGGCAAAGCAACAGAUGGUGACAUGGAGUAAUAACAUAUUUGCUGGAGGGAGGAGACAUCCAACAUGUUUGUGAUAUUGAGGUAAUGAAAAUGAAACGUUUUGCAUUAGUCGAUGGAUCUGAUACAUUCAAGAUCAGUGACUGCUGAUGCCCCCCUGUCUGAGUCGGGCCGCAGCCUGGACGACAUUGAGUCGGCUGUUGCGGUGAUGAGGCAGGGCUCCUGGUGGCCUGCGUGGCUGGCUGGGCUGAGUCCCCGAGUUAUGUGAUGGGGUGCAGGAACAGUAAGGUCCUCCCUGAGCCUCCAGGGGAUGUUCAGUUGGACCUGGUUAAAAAGGUGGAUCCCCCCCUUCAAACAGACAUCUACAAGCACUUCAUUCGAGGAGAUGGUACAGCUAGCAAGGUCGGUGAGGCCGAUGGAGUGGGAAGCGACAAGGCGGGCUCCACCUCCCCAUCUCUUACUCAGGCACAAGCUGCCACUACUGUCGCCUCCACCCAACACCCUAAAAACCCACCUGAGGUGUCAGACCCUCAACGGAAAAAGGUGGCCAAAUAUCGAGCCAAGUUUGACCCACGAGUCACGGCCAAGUACGACAUCAAAGCUCUGAUAGGUCGAGGGAGUUUUAGCAGGGUUGUCCGCGUGGAGCACAAGAGCACUCGGCAGCCGUAUGCCAUAAAGAUGAUCGAGACGCGGUUCAGGGAGGGAAGGGAGGUUUGUGAGUCCGAGCUGUGCGUUCUUCGACGGGUUCGCCACACCAACAUAAUCCAGCUCAUGGAGGUCUUUGAGACGGCUGAGCGCGUUUACAUGGUAAUGGAGCUGGCCACCGGAGGAGAGCUGUUUGACCGCAUCAUUGCUCGUGGCUCCUUCACAGAGCGAGAUGCUACCCGGGUGCUGCAGAUGGUGCUGGAUGGCGUCAAAUAUCUCCACACUUUGGGGAUCACGCACCGAGACUUGAAGCCCGAAAACCUGCUGUAUUAUCACCCCGGCGCCGACUCUAAGAUCAUCAUCACUGACUUUGGCUUGGCCAACAGCAGAAAGAAGGGAGACGAGUGUCUGAUGAAGACCACUUGCGGCACGCCUGAGUACAUUGCCCCUGAGAUCCUGGUGAGGAAACCCUACACGAAUGCUGUCGACAUGUGGGCAUUGGGGGUGAUCUCAUACAUCCUGCUGUGUGGAACCAUGCCCUUUGAGGACGACAACCGUAUGAGGCUCUACCGGCAGAUCCUCAAGGGGAAGUACAGCUUCUCAGGAGAGCCGUGGCCCAGUGUGUCCAACCUUGCCAAAGACUUUGUGGAGCGGAUUCUAACAGUGGAUCCUAGCUCGCGGCUGACUGCUGGCCAGGCGCUCAAGCACCCCUGGAUCGUCAGCAUGGCUGCUGCCUCCUCCAUGAAAAACCUACAACGCUGUAUAUCUCAGAACCUGCUGAAGCGUGCGUCAUCUCGCUGCCAUAGCACCAAGUCGGCCCAGUCCACGCGUUCCAGUCGUUCAACCAAAUCCAACAAAGCUCGUCGUGUUCGGGAAAAGGAGCUGCGCGAGUUAAACAGACGCUAUCAGCAGCAGUAUAAUGGUUGACGCAUAACUUAGUGGGUGGACUGAAAAAGUCAAAUAGGUACCCCCAAAAAGACACUCAGAAAACAACCUAAUGGGUCAAAAGCCUUGAUAAACAAACUUCGAGGAAGUACCUGUUGCCAGCAAAACUAGAAUAAAUCAAAAUGAUAAUCCCUGAACUUUGAAGGGCAUACUUUGCAUAGCAUUUUUUUCGAUGAUGUUUUACCACAUUAGCAUCAUCAUCUCUCAGUCAAUCUGUCCGUCCUUUAACAGGAUGGAGCACUUCUUUCCUGUUAUUCUGUUGUUACUGUUAUGUGUCUUGACGUAUUUAUUUAUUAAUGUGGGCAGUCUUCAUUCAGUUGGUCACUGGAAUAAUGACCUUCCACGAGGAUCUGUUGAACAGAGGUCGGGCUAAUGAAGUUACUUAAGAGGAGAGGAAACAUUCCCUCACACCCUCAUGAUUGAUGACAAUUGCUGUGAAUUUAUGUACUAUUAGUCUUGAAGAGUGGCCGCUGGAGAUUUGCAGCAACAUCAACGCAACCUUGAAAGGCAAAAAUCGUCUAGGAUUAUCUCAUCUUGCCAUAAUUGCUUUGUUUAGUACUUAUAUUUUUAACCUGCCAAAAGAUUGUGAAUGUGAUUUUUCUGUUCUGUAUAGUAGAUCCACACAACCCCACUCAAAGUGCCUUACAUAGAAGUGUAGAGUCACAGUUGAAAUUGCUGCUCCUUCCUCUUGCAAUGGCUUUUGAUUCUUAAGGUUAUGUGGCCAUUUAACUUGGUGUCCUUUAUUCGUCACAGUAUUCAUGAGAAAACCUGCAAGUUGCACCUGACGAAUUUAAAUUUAGACCACCUUGUUUCUGAAUGGUGUUGGACAUUAAGCCUUUAUCUUACUAAUUGUAAAUGUGUAAUGUUUGCAUUUAUUGCCAAAUAACGAGUGAAGGUAUUCCAUUGAUUUGCUAUAUAUAUAUAUAUAUAUAUAUUUUUUUUUUUACCUUUACUUGGAAUGCUACAAUGACGUUCCUAUUUGUAAGUCUGGGUGAAUAUUGGUACAGCUGCUCCUAAAUCAUGUUAAGUUUCAUGCUGUCUCGUAGUUUCAAAGUUUGACCCAUUAAUACACUCUUCACUGAUGUCUAGAGCAAGAGAAUCCACAAGUCCUGUGAGGUAUACACCACUGAAGAAUGAGCAACAUUUGCAACUAAAUGCCACUUCAACUUUAAAUUACAAUGCUAGCACAUGCAACUAUGCAGCUUUCUGUGUGAGGUUAAUUGAAGGUGGAAAUAGUACGUUCCCUCUUAUUUGCACUUAUACUGAAAAGCCUUAUGUAAAGCAAAAUGUUCCAACCAAAUCCAGAAUAUAAUUCGAAUCCUAUCCAAUAUAUUAUUUGUACCUAGUCAAAACCGAGCUAAUCGGAACGUAUUCAUUAAAAAGAGGUUAGAAUGGUCGAGGCACUGCGUUAGAUACUGUAAAUGUAAAAAGCCUUCAUUUAUAGGGCUAAAAACACUUUAAUUUUUUUUAAUGUUUUGAGCCCUGUUAAAAGAUUUUUAAAUUUACAGUAUCCAACUGAGUGCCUGAUCUGACCUGAAAUUCUUUCCAAUCUCUGUUUUGAUGCAUAUUCCACCCUUGCAAGAGGACCUGGGGAUACAGGGAUAGCAGCAGCACUCCAGCUGCCCUUCAUUUAAGAAAACUGAUUUUGUGCAAAAUUCAUAUUCUAUAAUUAAAACUUGUUACAAGUUGUUUUGAAAAUUGAAAGGGUGCAUGUUUGUAAAAAAAAUAAUGUCAGACCUGGAAAACAGUUUCAUUCGACAGAAAUUAUUGGACACUUCAUUUUUAACUGUUCAACACAUCUGAAUAUUUCAAGUGUCGUCCAACAGUUUCCCAAAUAAGGAGUUUUAUGGUGUUAUUUUGUGUUUUAAGUUCCUGAAGCACUUAAUGGAGAAAAUUAACUGAUUCUCCUACAAGCACAGUAUUAUUCAAUUGACGUAUAUAUUUUUUUAAUAUGCUACAAUUUCUUCAAUGAAAAUGUUGCUGUGAUUUACAAAGAAUUAGAAAGGCUGUUGUGAACUUUUUCAACAAAUACUGGAAACAGCUGCAUGAGCCAUUUUAGCUGACCUCAGUGUUUCGAUAAGUCUUUGCUUCCCUUCAUUUUCUAGCACUCUCAUUCUGUUGCAUAAAUGUGUUAUCCUCAUACACACCAGGUUGUGCUAUCCUGUGAAAUGUGUUUUGAGUGUCUUUCCACAAAACAGUAAUUGGGGCUAUCAUAGGAACUGAUAUCAAUACACUUGUCGACUCAGGCAGCUGUUUGAUGCCUCAUUUAGUUGCGGAAACUGCUUCUCAUUGUUGUCAUAGAGGAGUCCCCUUAUAAAAUGUCUUUAAAGUCUUACAAGAUUGAUUCCUCAAAGAAUAUAACGUUUUAAAACUAUAAAUCAUUUGAAGUGCUUGAAUUAGCUAGCUGCGCCAAGUACCUGGGAACACGUGCUGUUUUAAUAACUAAAGUCCCUAGUUUUGCAGAAUGUCAGCACAACAAUACUUUCAUGUCUUUCCAUGUACAUGUAAUUGUGUGAUUUGAUAUAAAUGACAAUGCCCUAAAUGAAGUUGACAGCAGUUACCCAAAAGCAUUCAUUUUUGAUAGUAUAUAUAAAUAACUUGUUGAUUCUUCAUUAUCAUUUUGUUGUUUGUCUGAAACAAUGAUGUGCCAAUAAA